UCAAGAUGGCGGCCCCCUUGUGUCAGUGUUAUAAGGUAUGUGUAAGACGAUACUCUUUGGCAUUCCCCUCAUCUUUCUUGCUGCUGCACAACAGAGCCAAUGUCUUCAGAAUACGCAGCAUUCUCCCAAACUCUUGUCAGGUGCCUCAGUCCUCACUUCUCCAGGCAAGAUAUUUGUCAGGGGAGAGGGGCGGAGGAAGAAAAGGCUUCCUCGGUGAAUUCCUCGACGGUUUGAAGCAGGAGAUUAGCAAAAACAAGGAAAUGAAAGAAAAUAUCAAAAAGUUCAGACAAGAGGCCAAAAAACUUGAGGAGUCUGAUGCAUUGAGGCACGCGCGCAGGAAAUAUAAAACAAUUGAGUCUGAAACAGUAAAGACUUCUGAGAUUCUCAAAAAGAAGUUGGAGAACCUCUCAGACACAGUAAAGGAGGGACUUGAGGAGGUCACACGUACGGAAAUUGGAAAGAAGAUAAAGGAGGGAAUGGAGGAGGCAGCCAAAACGGCAAAGACCUCAGCAGAGAGCGUCUCAAAGAGUGGAGAGAUGUUGGGAAAGACUGGUGCAUUCAAAGCUAUAUCAGAGGGUAUGGAGAGUGUAAAGAAAGAGAUUGGUGACCUGGGCCACACCGGCCCCUACCGGCCCCCUGCUCGACUCAGGAAGAGGAGCGAAUUCUCCUCGAAAGGGUCAUCGGAUGGCAACAAGGUCUUUGAAGCCAACGAGGAAGCCAUGGGUGUAGUGCUCCACAAGGACUCCAAAUGGUACCAGCAGUGGAAGGACUUUAAAGACAAUAAUGUUGUCUUCAAUAGGUUCUUUGAAAUGAAGAUGAAGUAUGAUGAGAGUGACAACGCUUUCAUCAGAGCAUCGCGGGCUGUCACUGACAAAAUGACCGACCUCAUAGGUGGACUGUUCUCCAAGACGGAGAUGUCAGAAGUGCUGACGGAGAUUCUGAAGGCGGACCCGUCCUUCGACAAAGAUUCUUUCCUCAAGCAGUGCGAACAUGACAUCAUCCCCAAUAUUUUGGAGGCAAUGAUCAGAGGAGAGCUGGAAGUGUUGAAGGACUGGUGUUAUGAAGCGACAUACAGUCAGCUAGCACACCCGAUCCAGCAAGCCAAGGCCUUGGGACUUCAGUUCCACUCAAAGAUCCUGGACAUCGACAGCAUUGAUCUGGCCAUGGGGAAGAUGAUGGACCAGGGUCCGGUACUGAUUAUCACCUUUCAAGCUCAGUUAGUGACGGUAAUACGAAACACCAAAGGAGAAGUGGUGGAAGGUGACCCUGAUAAAGUUCUGAGGAUGAUGUACGUGUGGGCUCUCUGUCGAGACCAAGAGGAGCUCAACCCACAUGCUGCCUGGAGACUGCUUGACAUCUCUGCCUCAAGCACUGAACAGAUCCUUUAAGACUCUUUGAUACGCACAGAAGCAACACUCGCUCACCCGGGGAGAGAACAUUCUCAACCUGAACACGAUGUAAUCAGAUGGGGAGGAAACUUGAUAGUCAACUCACUGCAGAAAAUGCUUCAUGAAGGUGUUUUUUAUGUCUCACACAAGGGGGCGGUAGAGUACCAACGACGCUCAUGCACCCAUACUCAGUCUGUAAGGUGCUGGAUUGCACCAAUUUCUCCCCAAAUCACCCCCCCCCCAUCUGUUCUUUUCCAUUAUGUCUGGGCAUCUACAGCCCAAUCCCUUGUUUGUAUGAUAAUCAUCCAGUGUAAUUGUCUCAAAAAGUCAAUAUUUAUUAUGAAAAAUUACAGAUAAACCGGCGCCACCACCCACCCACCCCACACACACACACAGACAAAGACACACACACACACGCUAGGGGGCUUUUAGGAAAUAAAUUUCAUGUUGAUAAGAAUCAAAUAGACAGUCGAAGCAUUUUUUUAAUAGUUCCCUUUCUGGGCGAUAGGAAUAUUUUCACUAAAGUAAUUAUUUUUAGAUAAAAAUUGAAAUUGUAAAUUGUGACAGCUAAUGUUUUUCUUUUGGACCAAAUGCUGAGUUGCAGUGUAAAGUCAUCAGAACUCCACCAACCAUUCACAUUCAUAAUUGCGCUUGGGAGGAAAUUGUGAUCAAUGUCAACAUAUUUUUUAAAUGAUCUGUUUUUUCUUUGAAUUAGGUUUAUCUUUGAAUUAGCUUGAACCCGGUGUGCCUUCACUUUGUAACACUUAUAGGACGGAUAUCCAUACUGGAAGUCGCCAUUAUGAGUGGGGCUUAAUGUGCUUCGACGAAUAGAGCUGGUAGAGGCAUAAUGUUUUGUUGUGAGAUGUAAGCAAUUCAAACACCCCUCUAUGUUGCAGACUAUGUAUAAAAGUCAUACUAGGUGGGUUUCAGUGCUGAACCACCUUGAAAAUGUCUACAAUUUUCAGAUCCUUCACUUCCAUAUCUUCAAAGAUUGUGUGUUUGUAUUCACAGCAUAGAGGGUUAAAGUAGUCGAAGAUGAUGCUCGAAUCCCCUUGGAAAAGAGCUGCUCUUUAUUCAGGUUAUAAGCCUCCUUCACCGUGCGUCGCAGAUGAGUUCAGGUGCACGUGGCUCACGUCACAAUAGUUCAUCGCCUGUGGCAGCUAUCUGACAGUCUGGUACAGAUGGUGCAACGCAAUGUUGCAUGCAUUUGCAGCAUCCAGUUUCAAUCGGCAGGAUUGAUUACAGAGGCUUUGAGUCUGAAUUUUGGGGAGUGGCUUAAAACUGGCCUGC